AUGUCUGAUUCGCACCACAGCGGGUAUGAUGAGAACAGUGGGAGAGGAAACGCCCAGAAACGCCCUAGAAGUGAAUCAACUCAUGGAAGUUCAAACAGUUGGCAAAUUGUAUCGAGCAGUCGUUGCAUCGCUUGCGGACGUUUGCGGUCCUUGUGUGAGUGCCGCAGCCUUCGAGUGGACCCGGAACUGAGGCGGAAGAACCUUGACACCUUAUUGCUUAACACUCCUUAUGUUCGCUGCAAACAACUGAAAGCAUUAGAUGAGGCUGGCCGUGAAGAGGAAAGACACCGCCGGUGUAUCGCUGAGGAAUGGUACUCGAAGAUGCGUAUCAUCAAAAGGGCUGCGCAUACUGACAAGUAUCUUCUUCGUGUGACCCUCGAUGAGGUGAGGGGACGCGAGAACCUUUCAGCGUUGGAGCGGAAGGAAUGGGUGGAGGGUAUGGCUCUUAGUGACAAGUAUAUGGUUCUGCUUGCUCUAGUUCAGCGUGAGCGGGAGGAGCGGCUGAAGUUCUACGCUUCAGCAGAACGUGCGACAAGGAUGUUAGGAACAUGGCAUAACACAGUAUUCCACCUACUCGGUUUGCAGAGCCGUGAGGUGGCAUUCCGGAGAACUCUUGUUAACAACGAAGCGGCAGCGCGGGCGUCACUAUUGAGCAUUGAGUUAGAAGCCUUGAAGGUUAUGGAAAACAAUGAGAAGAGCAGGCUCGAAUUCUUUGAGUUAUUCUGGGCUAGCCGCGAGUCGGUUGCAGAUGCGUGGAUGCAAGGUGUAGAGGCGCUGGAGUGUGCCAUGGCGGAGACCGUUCAAAAUCUCGAAAAAUGUUUUCAAGAGCGCACUCGCUGUUUCGAAAUCGUGUUGAAGCGAAGAGAUGAGCUGCUACUGGAGGAAGAGAAUGCCAGACAACGUUUGCACAGUCUUUUUGAGGAGGAAAACGACUUUUUGGAAGAAAACAUGCGAUUCUUCCAACAGCGACGCGCUGCUGUGAUGCAACAGGAAGCGUCAGCAAGGGGUGUAAUAUGCCAAGAGGCCACGGAUGCUUACAGUGCUCUCUUCCUCGAAUGUAGGCGUGACAGAGAAAAGGCUUGCGAGGCAGAGUCCUUUAAGCGACGACGGCGUGAGGAAGAAUUUCAUGCUGCCGUUGCUUCUCUGCAAGAUAUAAUGAAAGAGGAGGAGGCAGCCCUCGCACUCCUGAAAACUCAGGAACACCACGAAAGAGAACUCCGCUACCAAUGGAUGUUGGAGAGGGAAAAGGCGAUCAUUAGCGCAGAAAAUACACUUCUUCAACAUGUACAACUGCUCUUCUCCGAGGAAGAGAAGGCGCGCGGCGCAAUCGUGCAUCUUAUGCAGCAGCAGGAGGCUGAAACUGCUUCAUGGCUUCGGCACAAGGAACGGAAGCUGCGCGAGAUCAUUGAGACUGCAUUAGAGGAGAAAAGUCAGAUGCUGCUACUCGAACACGAGGAGCGCUUUUCCCUAGUCUCUCAGAAGGCGGAACAUGAAGACGCUGUGCGGCGGUGGGUUGAUCACAAGGAAAGCGCAAGGCAGAGCCUAGCUACGGCCGAAACCACUCACCGCAACCGUUGGGUGGAUAUGGAGCGCAACGCACGGGAGGAGCUCUCCUGGCGCUUUGGUGAGGGGCUGGAGACCUGUUACUCGCAAGUUCAGCAGCGAAUGGAGGCACUGACGAAGCUCCAGCAGCGAGCUUUCCAUGCAAAGGAGGGUAUCGUGAAGCAGGAAGAGGAGGCGCUGCGCCUUCUGUUAGGAACAUUGCGGGAUGAUGAGGAACGGUCCCUUAGGGAAGAGAUUCACCGCAGGGUAGUUGAUAUUCUUAACACCGAGACAGAGCACCGCAGCCAUUUAACUCAGCAGGAGGUUGGAAACAGGGAAAGUAUUACAACGAUGUUCUUGAUGCAGGAGCGGUUCUUUAAGAAGGAGGCCCAGGAACUGCUGAAGGCGCAAUUAUAUGAAAUUGUCGCAGCUGAGGAGAGCCACCGCCGCGUGCUGUUGCAGGAUGCCGAUGACUCGGUAGAGCGCCUAUAUCACAGCUAUAAAAAGUUAUUAGAAGAAGCCCGGCGAAGGGAGGAGGAGCGUGUACGUGAGGAACGUCGCCAGCGUGAAGUUGCCCUCUUGGAGGAUCCGCGCUUGUACCGCGAAGAGGAGGAUUGCGACCUUUGUGUCGAUGGCGCCUCACCUCCUACCGGACUCGAUGAUGGCUGCUACAAUGAUAUGAAGAUGGGGCCACUCGGGGAAACAUGGAUGCUCCAGCGGCAACACGUUGUUGAGGAUUUGGGUGGAGAGAGUGCGGACGUCGUGCUGCUCACUCAUGAGACGACUGCGUUUCUCUUCAGCAUUGUUAAUGCCAUCACUGAGAGGGAGGCGAUCCUAGCGGCCGAGAGAACCAAAGCCGAAUCGACAAUGAAGAACAUACAAAAGAAAAUUGAACGACAGAAGUCAGUUUUUGCCAACGUCAAAGAACAGUUGGAGGAAUCACAGGAAAAGUUGAAGCGCGAUGCUGAGAACCACAGCAAGCGUUUAGCGACACAGCGUGAAGCCCAACAGAAGUUGGAGGCACAGCUGGCUCGGGAGCGGACGCGCUUAAAGGAGAAGACUGAAGAACUGCAACGAACGAAAAACAGUGUCUCGGAGAUGCGAGACUCUAUUCACAGCCAGUACAAGAAAAGGUGA